UUUUAUUUAAUAUUAAUUUUUCGGGUAAAAUGUUAAUAAAUACCAACAAAAAUAAGACAGUUAAAUUAAAAUUGUGCUUUUAUUAUCCGUGUUAUUUACGUGUUGUGGUUGUUUUUGACCAGUUUUGUAAAAAUGAAACCUGGUGCUGAUAAAUCCUGGAUAAUUAUUAUUAAUCAAAAAUAUUUAUCAUCGGCUAUUUUAUUAAUGUUAUUGUUACGUGUAGUGUGAUUUAUAAAUAUAUUAUUAAAUAAAUAUUAGUGUUGUUAUAAAAAAUAAAAAUAAGUAUUAAUAUAUAAUAUAAAACAGUGGUGGAGUGCGUGCGAAUGUCAAAUAAACACCUACAAAUAAAAUUAAACGGGGAACUAAUAGAACCCUCAAUAAUUGUUGGGUCCUCGUGUCUGACGAAGAUGAUAUUGUAUCUACUGAUCGGACUUUUGGUGAUGGAAACCCGCACAGCUCAAGGCCUGCUGUUCCGAGAUCACCGAACAAACGAGCACAAUUCCCUUAACGACUGGCCGUACUUUGAAGAAAACGUACCCCGGAACGUAACAACGGCGAUCAGUCAAACAGCCUUUCUGCACUGCAGAGUUCAUCAGCGCGGUGACAAAGAGGUGUCGUGGAUGCGUCAACGUGACAUGCACAUAAUCAGCGCAGGAAUAUCGACGUAUACAUCUGACCUAAGAUUUCAAGUGAUUCAUCCGGACAAGUCUGAGAAUUGGACACUGCAGAUAAAGUCGCCGCAGGAACGAGACUCGGGCGUCUACGAAUGCCAAGUCAGCACAGAACCAAAGAUGUCCCUCAACUAUACCCUCAACGUGGUCGAGCCUCAGGCGCAAAUAAUGGCCAAAGGGGAUAUUUAUGUUAAAACGGGCAGUGUUCUCACACUGAACUGCCGUAUGUCUCAAGGGCCACAUGACUUGGGAACGGUGGCUUGGUUUCGUGACAACGAACCGGUCGUGACGUCCGCGAAAAGUGAGAAUGACGUUGACCAACAGCCACGAAUCACUGUCGAGACAGAAUGGAGCGAAGCUCUUGAAUCGAGAUUAAAGAUUUUCUCGGCGAGAGUGACCGACUCGGGGAAUUACAGCUGUGUGCCAACUACUGCCAAAAGAGCCAGCGUCAUCGUUCACGUUAUCAAUGGCGAACAUCCUGCAGCGAUGCAACAUGGCAAUACUGCAGUGGGCAUGCCAACAUCCGGCGCGUACCUAUUGCUCGCACUUAUCAUCGGCCAGUUCAGAUAAUAUGAUGCACUACGGAAUUACCACGGAUUUACGAGUGUGAAAUUCAACGAUGCGUGAGUGUGUGGGCAAUGUUAGCAAAAAAUAAAUCAGAAAUUAUGAUAA